CUCAGAAACUAUAAACUGUGUGAAGCACAGACAGACACUGCCAACCUGCACAAAGGUGAACCCCACAGAUGAAAGAAAGAAGUAUUUUUUAGUCCAAAACAAGCUUUUCGUGUUACAGGUGCUAAAGCAAAGCAUAUUCAGUAUGUUUAAGCUGAGUGGACUUCAGUUUCUGCUUGUCAUUCAGUGGGCUAUGUGCCAGAAUCUCGGGGACCUGAAUUUAGCUGGGCCUCUGAAAGACAUGAAUUUCUCCAUUCCAGAAGGUGCAGGAGUACGCCCAAUUUACCAGUUCAUAUCUGAGUCACCUGUGAUUUUCAGAGCGACUGGUGAAAAAGAUGGAAUCAUUGACAUUGUGCCAAAGACAGGAAUGCUGUAUCUCAAUGGGUCUCUGGACUGGGAGACUAAAGCCGUGCACAGGCUGCAGGUGGAAUGUCUGGAUGAAAAUGGAGAUGUAGUGCAAGGUCCAUAUACUGUGACAAUAUAUGUUGAGGAUAUCAAUGACAACCCACCAAAAUUUGACCAGCCAACGUACACUGGAGUGGUGAGGCAAAACUCCCGUGCAGGCAAACCCUUCAUGUAUGUCCACGCCACUGACCUAGAUGAUCCUGCAACCCCCCACGGACAGCUGAUAUACAGCAUUCUCCACCAUUUUCCCAACCCUUAUCCAGAAAUGCUUUUCCAGAUUGAUAGUGUAACUGGAGCAAUCUCACCAAGUAGGACAGGCUCCUAUUAUUUAGAUCCCCAAAAGCAGGACACCUUCACACUUGUUGUCACCGUGAAGGAUAUGGCAGGGAUGACAACAAAUGCUUUCACCAGCAGCGCCGAUGUGAUCAUCAAUGUGAAGGAGAGCCUGUGGAAGGCUCCCCCCACCAUCUACAUUUGGGAAAACUCUACCGAAACCCACCCUGUGAACAUCAGCCAGGUGCACUCAAAUGAGGCAGAUGUAAUUUAUGAGCUUUUUGAAAAAGAAAAGCUGGCCAGAUUCCCAUUUUCCAUUGAUCAGAAUGGGGUUAUUUAUGUGACUGAGCCAUUGGACAGGGAAGAAAAGGAUACUUAUUUGUUCUAUGCGGUCACAAAAGAUACCGUGGGAGACCUGGUGGACAAGCCUCUGCAAAUUCAAGUUAUUGUGAAAGACAUUAAUGACAAUCCCCCUGUGUGUGAGAAUGCCCUUACGAUAUUUGAAGUUCAAGAAAAUGAAGGUGGAGGAAGUACUAUUGGCACCCUGCAUGCUACAGACAUGGAUGAGAAGGACACCCUUAAUUCUCGCCUGAAGUUCAAUAUUGAGAGUCAGGUUCCUGCUGUUCCUGCAAGUAAUAUGUUCAUCAUUCAGCAAGACACCGGGACUUUGCAGUUAAUUGGCUAUUCGUUAAACAAGCGAAUUGCAGCCAACUAUUCCUUGAAGGUGAUGGUGUCAGAUGCAGAUUUCCAGACAAUCUGUGAAGUGCAAGUACACGUCAUCGACAUCAACGACCAGAUUCCCAUCUUUGAAAAAUCAGAUUAUCACAAUGUGACUGUUGCAGAAAGUAUCCCAGUAGGAACAGUGAUAUUAGAAAUUCAAGCUACUGAUAUGGACGAGCCUGCCACAGGGAGCUCCUACAUCAUUUACCAAGUGGAAGAAGGAGAUCCAGACAACAAGUUCAUCAUAGAGACAGAUCCUGAAACAAACCAAGGGUUUGUCAAGAUUAACAAGCCACUUGAUUUUGAAACAGAUGAAGUACAUAACCUGGUGAUCAACGCCACAAACCCCGAACCUCUGGUGUCAGGAGUGCAGUACAAUGCCAGCUCCCGCACCCUCUUCAAAGUUUUUGUAACCAACGUGGGUGAGCCACCUGUCUUUCAAAAGCAAGUUUACACAGCAAACGUAUCUGAAGACGUUCCUGUAAACACUCUGGUCAUGAGAGUGGAGGCCUAUGAUCCUGAGGGAAAUACUGUAAGUUACUCUUUAGAAGGUGAUGUGAAGAAAUGGCUGAAGAUUGAUUCAGCCACCGGGAAUAUAUACACUGCUUCCGCUUUGGAUCGAGAAUACAAAGAAGUGUACAAAGUUGAUAUUGUUGCAUCAGAAACAAAUAAUGCUGCUCAGAGAUCCAAAAUACCCUUCGUAUUACACUUAAACGAUGUGAAUGACAACCCUCCGCAGUUAGUUAUGGAUUAUCCUACCUUCUUUUGCCACCCGGUUCAUGGAGGAGAGAAAGCACUAAUUCAAGCUACUGAUGUUGAUGAACAUGGAUUUUUCCCCAGACUUACUUUUUCUCUCGGGGAUGAUACAGCUACAAGAACUAAUUGGGAAAUCUCAAAAGUCAAUAAUACGUAUGCUCACCUCUCUCCAAAACAUAAUAACUUUGAAGAGAGAGUGUACAUUGUUCCAGUGAUAAUUAAUGACAAUGGAAACCCACCUUUGGAAAACAAAGUGAAUCUUGAAGUAAACGUCUGCCAGUGUUCAAGUGAAAAGUCAUGUUUUAUAAAACUACAGCAUGAGAACUCCAAGCCAAGUGUUGGCCAGGCAAUUGGGAUUCUUCUUGGUGUCCUGCUAAUUAUUGGUGCCAUUAUAGGGGGUGUAUUUUUCCACAUGAAGUACAAACAGAAAAAUGAAAAGAAGAGCCAACAGAAAGAUGUAAAGGAUCAGACCGAAUGUGAAGAACUGAAUAAAUGACUGUAGAUUUUAUCAAGAGAAAAAUGCCCUUUGGGUUGGGAAGAAGUGGCCUUUGUAUCUCCCAGAGCCCUGAAGUGUAUUAUCAUCAACUGAGGAUACAAGCAUGCAAAAGCAGGCUCCCAGGGUUUGGUUCUCACUUUCAUAAGUAAUACUAUUCAGUCACAUAACCAAAACCAAAGAUACACUUCAGCAGCAGCCAUUACUCACCAGCUUUGACAAGUGUUAACUCAUGAUACCUCCAAAUGCUGAGCUCCUGCAAGGAUCAAAUGCAUGGAUCCAGUCAUUGUUCGGCAGCUAAAGUAAACAUGGGCUUUGCAGAGGACUACACUUUAUCUGACUGCAUAUCUCUGGCUCAGUAAGUAACUGAAUAGCAGAACACGGAUUAAAGUCCUGUGCUACAUUUGAAGAUGUCCCAUGAAGUAGCAGGAGUCUCUGACUGUCAGCAAAGUGGCUCCCAAUCAUUGCAGUCUGUAAUCUGCCCUGGGUAACACCUGCUUACAUUUUUCUGGUGACUUUUUGCUAGCAAGAUUCACUGGCAAUAUGACAUUUCAGUUAUGAUAUCCAGGGUAUAACCAGUUCAUGAAGUGCCAUGGCUUGUCAUUACAGUUUUGAGGUUAAAAAAACACAUGUUGAAACAUGUGGGAAUUGGGUGAUGUGCUGUUUUAUCAUACUGCUGCCAAUAUUUUGCUUGCCCCCUAAAUACUUGAUAAGAAUAAAAAUCUUCAUUAAAA